CGUCACGUGGUCUUCAGCUAGGUCGAGUUGUGCCAAGGAAUCAGUUGUAAAUAAAUAUGGCUGGUCGUAUUCCACAACUCCAAGUUGAGAACUGCGCCGAACUGUUCGAGAAAAUUGAAGAGCAGAAAGGAAAGAGGAUUUUUGUCAUGUUUAUUGGGGCAAUUGAUGAAACUGGGGAUAGCUGGUGCCCCGAUUGUGUUAGAGCUGAGCCUAAUGUGGAGAAAGCAGUGGAGAAUUUCCAGGGUGACAAGAAUGCUGCAGUGUUUAUAUUGGCUAUUGUUGGUGACAGACCAACGUGGAAGGAUCCAAAUAAUGAAUUCAGAGUUCAUGAAAAGCUGAGAUUGAAAUCCAUUCCUACACUUAUGGAAUGGAACACAACAAAAGAACCUCUGGGAGAUGAACAGUGCCAAAAAGCUGAACUGGUAGAAAGUUUUUUUGAAUGAGGGCAAUAUAUCUGGAACAAGUCACAACAUCCUCUGGAACAGAUAUAACCAACUUAUUCUAGACAGUCAUGUCUUUACAAGUUUGAGUUGAUAAUAUAUGAAUUUUUAGGCUGGUAAAAAAUCCAUAGAUUGUACAUAGAUGUUUUUGAAUGGAUUCACAUUGGAGAUGUGAAUAGAAGAGAAUGUAAUGAUAAGAGGAUGAUCAAAGUAUAUUUAUAUUUCCUUAGUUUAUUCAGAUCGAGUUCACAGCUCAAUUGUGCCAAACUAUAAAAUUCAACCUUAAAAUAACUAGGUGUUUCACAAAGAAAACUGAUUAAUCUGUUACUUAGGUUUCUCCUGAAAUGAUGAAGUCACUCUUAUCCAAAUAAAAAUACAAAUAUUGCAA